AAUAAUUAGGAUUAAAAUCCCACAUUAGCCAUUUGCAUAGUCAAGUGAGGAAAUAUGCUUCCUGUUUAUAGCUUCACUGAUUUUACUUCUCUGAAGUUGUGACACCUGAAACUGAUACAGAUGUGAACACUCAACCACUCCCUGAAGACUCCAGGGGAAUGGGACUGGGGAGGAUCCAACGCCAUUCAAAUGGGCCAGUCAUCUAGAUCAUGUCAUCAGAGGAAAAGUUCUUAGUCCAUUUCAUUUUGUUCUCAGGUUUCACCUGUCCAUUUCAGAGCACCUCUUCCUUUCUCACCUUUGAUUAUCCUCUUUUUCACCUUGAAUCUCAAAUUUUUUUCAACAAUGAGAAAUAAAACCAUGUUGACUGAGUUCAUCCUUCUGGGUCUAACAGAUGUCCCUGAACUCCAGGUGGUAGUUUUCACCUUUCUUUUCCUUGCCUAUUUACUCAGCAUCAUCGGAAAUCUGACUAUCCUCAUCCUCACCUUGCUGGAUUCCCACCUUCAGACCCCCAUGUAUUUCUUUCUCCGGAACUUCUCAUUCUUGGAAAUUUCCUUCACAAACAUCUUUAUUCCCAGGGUCCUGAUUAGCAUCACAACAGGAAACAAGAGUAUCAGCUUUGCUGGCUGCUUCACUCAGUAUUUCUUUGCCAUAUUCCUUGGGGCAACGGAGUUUUAUCUUCUGGCUGCCAUGUCCUAUGAUCGUUAUGUGGCCAUCUGCAAACCCCUGCAUUACACGACCAUCAUGAGCAGCAGAGUGUGUACCCAACUGGUUCUCUGUUCAUGGCUGGGUGGGUUAAUGGCUAUUAUACCACCAAUCGCUUUGAUGAGUCAGCAGGACUUUUGUGCAUCCAACAGGCUGAAUCAUUAUUUCUGUGACUAUGAGCCUCUUCGGGAACUCGCCUGUUCAGACACAAGCCUCAUGGAGAAGGUUGUCUUUCUUGUGGCAUCUGUGACCCUGGGAGUCACUCUCAUGAUAGUGAUUCUUUCUUAUAUAUUCAUCAUCAAGACUAUUCUGAAGCUCCCCUCUGCCCAGCAAAGGACAAAAGCCUUUUCCACUUGUUCUUCCCACAUGAUUGUCAUCUCCCUCUCUUACGGAAGCUGCUUCUUCAUGUAUGUUAAGCCCUCAGCAAAAGAAGGAGACACAUUUGGCAAGGCAGUAGCUUUACUUAUUACUUCAGUUGCUCCUUUGCUGAACCCCUUUAUUUAUACCCUAAGGAACCAACAGGUAAAACAAGCCUUCAAGGAUACAGUCAAAAAGCUUGUGAAUCUUUAAAGAACUUAAUAAUUA